UUAUGGUCAGCGUCAACAAAGAACAACUGUAGUGAAAAUUUGCUUUGCGGUUGACUUGAGUGAUACAUUCAUGGUUGAUGGUAAGAAGAGGUCUUAACCAGAGAGAUCUAUGUGCAAUGCAUAGCAUGCUAUCAACCGUUUUCUUUACUUAUGCUUUCUUAUUAUGCUCCUCCCUUUUAUGUUGCUUUGCUAGAGAUACCAUCACAUUUGCUGGUAGUUCGAUUAGUAAUGAUGGUGGAGAAACUCUUGUUUCAGCAGGAAAAAGGUUUGAACUGGGGUUCUUUACUCCUGAACAGCGUUCUGUUUACGAAAGCUAUGUAGGAAUUUGGUAUUACAGGUCGAAUCCACGAAUAGUUGUGUGGGUUGCCAAUCGAGACCGCCCACUUCUUGAUGAUGGAGCAGGUUUGGCUGUCACAGAUGAUGGAAACCUCAAGAUUUUGGAUAAAAAUAGAGAUCCUUUUUGGUCUACAGGGCUUGAAUCAACAUCAAAACCAGGGAAUCGGUUGGCUAAGCUCUUAGAUUCUGGGAACUUGGUUUUGUGUGAUAGUAAUACCCUUUUGACAACUAUUCUAUGGCAAAGCUUUCAACAUCCAACUGAUACAUUUCUUCCAGGUAUGAAGAUGAGUGGGGAUCUAAAAUUGACUUCAUGGAAAAGUCAAGUUGAUCCAGAAGAAGGUUACUUCACAUUUCAGCUAGAUGAAGAAACGGACCAGUUUGUUAUCUCCGAUGGCUAUAUAAAGCACUGGACUAGUGGGGACUCAAGUGAUUUCUUUAGCUCAGAAAGAAUGCCUGAUAGAAUAGCAUAUUUUCUAUCGAACUUCACCAGAAAUGUACCUCCUACAAAAUCAAAAAUCAACAUAACAACUCCAUCUACUACAAAUACAACUCUAUUACGCUCAUAUUUUGGUAAUUCAAGGAUUAGGUUGGAUGUUGAAGGGGAGCUACAAUACUGGAGCUUCGAUGUGAAUACAAAUUGGUCUUUGCAAUGGUUGGGGCCGGGAGACAAAUGCAGUGUGCUUAAUGCCUGUGGGAACUUUGGAAGCUGCAAUCUAUACAAUAGGUUGGCUUGCAGAUGUUUGCCCGGAUUUAAGCCUAACUCACCGGAAAAUUGGAGGAAUGGAGAUUUCUCUGGUGGUUGCAUCAGAAGCGCUGCCGUAUGUGGGAAGAAUGACACCUUCUUGAGCUUGAAGAAUAUGAGAGUUGGGCAAACAGACAUUAAAUUUGAGACUGAGAAUGAAAAGAAAUGCAGAGAGGAGUGUCUCAGUAAGUGCCCAUGCCAUGCUUAUUCCUUUGUGAAGGAGGAAGUCAAUAUGCGAAGGGACAGACAACCUGGCUACAACACUUGCUUGAUCUGGAUGGAUGAUCUUAAAGAUCUCCAGGAGGAAUAUUCUUAUGGUGGGCCCGAUCUCUUUGUUCGUGUCACCGUUGCUGACAUAGAAUCAAAGGCUAAAAGUUGUGAGCCUUGUGGCAUAAAUGUGAUUCCUUAUCCUCUAAGUACUGGAUCAGAUUGUGGUGACCCCAUGUACUUCAGUUUCUACUGCGAUAAUUCCACAGGAAAACUCAGCUUUAAGACACACAACGGCAACUAUAGUGUCACUACCAUCAAUCAAGAUACAAGAACAUUUGUUAUCCAAGAGAAAGAUGUAGAUGAUUGUAAUGCCAGUACAAGAGGUCAAAUUCGGAAGUUCAACACGUCAUUUCCAUUUAAGAUGAACGCCUCUAAACGUUGGUGUGAUACCGUGGCAGGAAAUUUUAUUUCCAACGUUUCAUCUCAAGGUCUGGUAGAAAUAGAUAUUGGUUGGGAGCCACCUCAAGAGCCAGUCUGCUCUUCAUCUUCAGACUGCGACGAUUGGCCAAAUUCAACUUGCAAUGUAACAAGAAAUGGUACAGCGAGAUGCCUCUGCAAUUCAAAUUUUUGGUGGGAUGGCAUGGCUCUAAAUUGCGUUCAUGUUUUCGAUGGACAAGCAGGAGGAUAUUCGAGAAAAAAGAAACCAUUGUCUUUGAUUGUAGGAGUUACAAUUGCUUGUGUCAUAGUUCUAUCAAGCAUCUUCCUUUACAUCUGCAUUUUUAUGAGAAAGAAGGCCAAACAACGAGAAAGCCAGCAAAAUAGUGAAAGAAAUGCAGCUCUUUUGUAUGGCACUGAGAAACGGGUCAAGAACUUGAUAGAUGCAGAAGAGUUCAACGAAGAAGAUAAGAAGGGCAUAGAUGUACCUUUCUUUGAUUUAGACAGCAUACUAGCGGCUACGGAUUAUUUUUCAGAAGCAAACAAGCUUGGAAGAGGGGGCUUCGGGCCUGUUUACAAAGGAAAAUUUCCAGGAGGUCAAGAAAUUGCAAUAAAACGACUCUCUAGUGUUUCAGGACAAGGCCUAGAGGAGUUUAAGAAUGAGGUGAUUUUGAUUGCUAGAUUGCAGCAUCGGAAUCUUGUCAGACUAGUAGGCUAUUGCAUAAAAGGAGAUGAAAAGAUUUUACUUUAUGAAUAUAUGCCUAACAAAAGCUUAGAUUCCUUCAUAUUUGAUCGAGAUCUGGGAAUGUUACUGAAUUGGGAGAUGCGCUUAGAUAUCAUUUUAGGAGUUGCUAGAGGUCUUCUUUAUCUCCACCAAGAUUCUAGACUCAGGAUUAUUCAUCGUGAUAUGAAAACGGGCAACAUUUUAUUAGAUGCGGAAAUGAAUCCCAAAAUUUCUGACUUUGGAUUGGCAAGGAUGUUCGAAGGCAAACAAACCGAAGGGAGCACAAACAGAGUUGUUGGAACUUAUGGCUAUAUGUCGCCGGAGUACGCAUUAGAUGGCUUAUUCUCUGUCAAAUCUGAUGUUUUUAGUUACGGCGUUGUUGUACUUGAGAUUCUUAGUGGGAAAAGGAACACAGGAUAUUUUAAUUCUGAUGAAGCCCAAAGCCUUCUAGCUUAUGCUUGGAGAUUAUGGAGAGAAGACAAGGCAUUGGAUUUAAUGGACGAGACAUUACGUGAAAGUUGCAACACCAAUGAGUUUCUAAGGUGUGUAAAUGCUGCACUCUUAUGCGUACAAGAUGAUCCAGCCGACCGUCCGACCAUGUCAAAUGUUGUUGUGAUGCUUAGCAGUGAAACUGCAAACUUGCCGGUUCCUAAGAACCCAGCCUUUUUUAUACGAAGAGGCCUUUCUGGCACAGCUUUUGCUUCAAGUAAACAAGAGAUUCUUAGUUCUUGGAUGUGCUCGGCCAGGGAUAACAUGACAUCGUCCACUACUCCACUCAGGGAUGAAAUGGGAGAUACUCUUGUUUCUUCUGGAGAAAGAUUUGAACUUGGAUUCUUCACUCCAUAUGGGAGAAAUGAUGGCAAGAAAUACCUAGGCAUCUGGUAUUACAGAUACAGCCCUCAAACUUUUGUGUGGGUUGCUAACCGUGAAAAUCCACUCGAUAAUUCCAGGGGAGUUUUUUCCCUCGGACAAGAUGGAAACCUCCAGGUGAUGGAUGGAAAUAGAACAUCUUACUGGUCCGCAAGGAUAGAAUCAACAUCAUCUUCAUCUUCUUUCACUCGGAGGUUGAAGCUCAUGGAUUCCGGGAACUUAGUCUUGAUCCAAGAAGCUGCAAAUGGUUCAGCAAUAUUGUGGCAAAGCUUCGAUUAUCCAACUGACACAUUUCUUCCUGGAAUGAAGAUAAACAAGAACUUUAUGUUGACUUCUUGGAAGAGUCCCAGUGACCCAGCACCAGGAGACUUCAAAUUUCAGCUUGAUGAAAGAGAAAACCAGUACAUCUUCAUGAAGAACGGAUCGAUUCCGUACUGGAAAAGUGGAGUUUCAGGAAGUUUUGUAAGAUCCGACGAAAGGCUCUGGCUUGUUUCUAACUUGCUCAUGAAUUCCAGCAGGAAACCAAGCAGACCUCUUGGGAACACAACUACAAAUGGAAAUCCUUAUAAUAGAAUAAAUUCAACAGCUGUGAAUUAUAACAAUGCAAGACUGGUGAUGAAUUUCGGUGGGCAGUUACAGUUUUUCCUCUGGAGAAAUGCGAAUUGGACUUUGAACUGGUGGGAACCAAGUGAUCGAUGCAGUGUAUUUGAUGCUUGUGGGAGUUUUGGUAGCUGCAAUAGUCUAAAUAGGAUUCCUUGCAAGUGUUUGCCAGGAUUUCAGCCCAAGUCACCUGACAAUUGGAAAUUAGGAAACUUUUCAGAGGGGUGUGAAAGAAUGUCACCUUUGUGCAGCAACGAUGUGGCUCCGAGCUUCUUGGAGUUAAAAUCGAUGAAAGCAGGAAAGCCUGAUGCUGAACCUGACUACUCAGAUGAACAUGACUGUAUGAUCAAGUGCCAUAGCAAUUGCAACUGCCAGGCAUAUUCUUAUCAUAAGGCUGAAAAGGGGGAUAAUAAUUUUACAUGCUGGACUUGGUUUAAGGAUCUCAACAACAUUCAGGAGCAGUAUGACAGGGGUCGUGACCUCAAAGUCCGUGUGCCACUUUCAGCAAUAGCAUCGGUGAAAAGAAAAUGUGAGAUUUGCGGCACUACCAUAAUCCCCUACCCGCUAAGCACGGGACCAAACUGUGGCGAUAAAAUGUACUUCAGGUUCCACUGUGAUGAUUCCAUUAGCCAGCUUAUGUUUGAGGCACCUGAUGGUGCCCACUAUCGUGUAACUGGCAUUGAUGAAGAGUUGCAAAAAUUUUCAAUAGACGUUGGCUAUGCAGAUUGUACAGCUAUCGAGUCGAUGGGAAACUAUAUGCAGCACCACAACCAGUCCUGGCCAUUUCAUGUAAUUGGAAGAUGCGACGCUAACCGUAGUAAUAUUAUAUUAGGUUCUUCAUUUGAAGGUACAAGAUUUGCUGAAGUUGAAAUCGGCUGGGCUAAACCAUCUGAACCACUCUGUAACUCACUCGAUGAAUGCAAUGACUGGCAACAUUCAACCUGCAGUUCUGCAACAAAUGGGAUGAAAAGGUGCCUUUGCAGUAAAUCCUUUUGGUGGGAUCCCAAAACGGUCAGUUGCAUUCCAGCAUCUACAAAGAAAAGGAGGUCAUUAUAUCUAGUUUUACUUGGAGCUAUUGCAGCUUCUGUAAUCAUCCUAUGUGCUUCCUUCUUUCUGUAUAAUUUGCGAAGAUCAACGAAGGUUACUGGUCGAGAAAACAGAGAAAACAAUCAGGGGAAUGCAGCAUUUCACUUGAAUGACACUGAGAGACGACCCAGGGAUUUGAUAUAUGCUGACCAUUACACUGUAGAUGAUAAGAAAGGCAUAGAUGUACCAUUUUUUGACAUGGAAUGCAUACUAGCUGCUACAGAUAACUUCUCGGGUGCAAACAAGCUAGGACAAGGGGGUUUUGGGCCUGUUUACAAGGGAAAGUUACCGGGAGGCCAAGAAAUAGCUAUAAAAAGACUUUCUUAUGGUUCAGGGCAAGGCUUGGAGGAAUUCAAGAAUGAAAUUACAUUGAUCGUCAAACUUCAACAUCGUAAUCUUGUUAGACUUUUGGGAUACUGUGCAGAAGGAUGUGAGAAAAUGUUACUAUAUGAAUACAUGCCAAACAAGAGCUUGGAUGUCUUCAUAUUUGAUCGGACGCUGUGCGUGUUAUUAAAUUGGGAACUGCGCUUUAACAUUAUCAUGGGAAUCGCUCGAGGACUGCUUUAUCUUCACCGAGAUUCAAGGCUGAAGAUCAUUCACAGAGACUUGAAAACAAGCAAUGUCCUCUUAGAUGAGGAGAUGAACCCCAAAAUUUCUGAUUUCGGCCUGGCAAGGAUCUUAAGAGGCCAACAAACAGAGGCAAACACACAGAGAGUUGUUGGGACUUACGGCUACAUGGCACCGGAGUAUGCAAUGGAUGGGGAUUUCUCAACGAAGUCUGAUGUCUUUAGCUUCGGUGUGGUUGUACUUGAAAUUCUCAGUGGAAAAAGAAAUGCGGCAUUUUACAAGUCUGAUCAAAAUUUUAGCCUUUUAGCUUAUGCAUGGAGGUUGUGGAAAGAGGAAAAGGUACUGGAUUUGAUGGACCGAGCAUUAUGCGAAACUUGUGACGCAAAUGAAUUUGUGAGGUGUGUGAAUGUUGGCCUCUUAUGUGUGCAAGAACAUCAAUGGGAUCGUCCCACCAUGUCAAACGUAGUUUUCAUGCUUGAAAGUGACACUGCAUCUCUACCAACUCCAAAGAAACCAGGAUUUGCAGCAAGCAGAUCCCUCUUCAACACUGCUUCUUCUUCUAGCAAAGCAGAUUCAUACGUCGAUUUAACAAAUACGUUAGAGCAAGGAAGAUAAUUGGGGGAAGGGGUUAGAAAAUGUUGUUCUCCCUCUAUGUCAAUCUAGCAGGAUUUGUCGCACUUUCCAAUAUAAAUCUGCUGUUUUUGUCUAUCUUGUCCCAUUAAUUCAGAGCCAUUCAUUGUCUUAAAA